GGGGCCCCGGCGGAGCCGGGACCGUUUCUAUUGCGCCGCGGGCCCGCGGGGGGAGGCAGAGCGAGGCGGCGGCGGGCGGGCGGGCGCCGGCACCACAGCGUAGCCAGCGGGCGGGCGCAGGGACGGAGGGGGCCGAGCCGCCGCGGUGACCUGCCGCCGGAGCAGCCCCAGUCGGCGCUGCGCGGCGCGGCCCCGCCAGGAGAGCCCCGGGCGCCGCGGCCGCAGCUGAAUAAAAUACAACGGGGCGGAAACGCUGCCAAGCCUCAGCUGCUCCUUGGAUUCAGAAGGGCUGAGUCCUGGCCUCCGCACGCAGGUUCAUGAUGUUGACAACUAUGUUCUUGGCUGCUUUCAUUCUUAUUACAGUACAUUCACAGGAAACUGAGGAAACCAUAACAUACACGCAAUGCACAGAUGGCUAUGAAUGGGAUCCUAUUAGGCAACGCUGCAAAGAUAUUGAUGAAUGUGAAAUAGUCCCAGAUGCAUGUAAAGGUGGGAUGAAAUGUGUUAACCACUAUGGAGGAUACCUCUGUCUACCUAGAACAGCCCAAAUUAUUGUAAAUGAACGAGAAGAAGCAGCAGCUGAAUCCACUAGUGGUCGAAAUAAUGUCAUUCGACGGACUCCUGCCGAUCCUCACCGUGCCCCUCCAAACCCAACUCAUCAAAUACAGUGUGCAGCUGGUUAUGAACAAAGUGAUCACAAUGUGUGCCAAGAUAUAGAUGAAUGUGCAACAGGAACCCAUAAUUGUAGAGCUGACCAAGUAUGUGUCAAUUUAAGAGGGUCCUUCAGCUGCCAGUGUCCUCCAGGUUAUCAGAAGCGAGGGGACCAAUGUGUGGACAUAGAUGAAUGCACCCUGCCUCCGUAUUGCCACCAUCGAUGCGUGAACACUCCCGGUUCCUAUUAUUGCCAAUGCAAUGCCGGUUUCCAGUUAGCAUCCAACAACCACACCUGUGUAGACAUAAAUGAAUGUGAUGCCAAUAAUCCAUGUGCACAACAAUGUUACAAUAUACUUGGUUCUUUCAUCUGUCAGUGUAAUCCAGGAUUUGAAUUAAGCAGUGACAGAAUCAACUGUGAAGAUACUGAUGAAUGCAGAACUUCAAGUUACAUAUGUCAAUAUCAAUGUGUCAAUGAACCCGGAAAGUUCUCAUGUGUCUGCCCUGAAGGAUACCAGGUAGUAGGAGGCAGAACAUGUCAAGAUAUAAAUGAAUGCGAGACUACUAAUGAAUGCAGAGAGGAUGAAAUUUGCUGGAAUUAUCAUGGAGGCUUUCGUUGUUACCCAAGAAAUCCCUGUCAAGAACCCUAUGUCCUUACAUCUGAGAACCGCUGUGUCUGCCCAGUCUCAAAUGCCAUUUGCCGAGAGCUGCCUUACUCUGUUGUAUACAAAUACAUGAGCAUCCGUUCAGACAGAACAGUGCCCUCCGAUAUCUUCCAGAUUCAGGCAACCACUAUUUAUCCUAAUACUAUUAACACAUUCCGGAUCAAGUCUGGAAAUGAAAAUGGAGAAUUUUAUCUGAGACAAACAAGUGCAGUAAGUGCAAUGCUUGUACUGGUGAAAUCACUAUCAGGACCAAGAGAACACAUUGUGGAUCUGGAGAUGCUAACAGUCAACAGUUUGAAUUAUCGUACAAGCUCAGUGUUAAGAUUAACAAUAAUAGUGGGACCUUACGCAUUUUAAUGGUUUUCAAUAACCCUUCACUGGCACUUAAAGCAGCCAAAGAAUAUUAUCUUAAAGAAAGCACUUGCUAUUUUAUUUAUAGAUUUUGCUCUUUUUUUUUUUUUUUUUAAGAUUUGUUUAGUAAGUUGAUAUUUGUAAUCCACACAUUACACCUGAAAUUCAAAAUUAGUAGGUGUGUUCCAUAUUAUAAUGUGGGCAUUGUCACUUUCUGUAUAAAGAUUUAAAUCUUUUUUAUUACCUUACUUGGACUAGAUACAUACUAUACUUUUGUAUGAGAACUGUAUGUUCAUACUAUCCUGUAAAGCUUCACAUGCUUCUCCUAGCCAAGUAGGUCAUGCAAUUAAAAGGUGAUCUUCUGUGUUGUUUCUAUUUUAAAUUCUAAUGCAGCUACACUGACAAUCUCAAAAGAAAAAAAAAACACAGUAUCAAAUGAUAUACAAAGUAAUAGUUAGCUGAUAAGCUAAAGUAUAUUUGUUCUUUUUAACUACUUUGUAACAAAAGUUAACAGUGAAUAAAGACCUAUUUCUUUAGACAUUUAUGUGCUAUCAGUUGUUUUUUCUAAUCCAGGUUGGGGGUAGAUUUACAUUGUAAGAAAUAUGUCACAUUGGGUUUUUAUAUGCAGAUUAUGUUAAGCAUACCAUGGAAUAACAUUCCGUUUUCUCCAAGAAAAAUAGACCAUAGGAAGAAAAUUUCUCUCAACGAUGAAAGAAACUCCAAAUGAAAAAUCAUCGUGCUGCGCACAUGAAUAUCAGUGCUUUCUUCUGAGAACAUUGUUUGUACUUAUUGGUCAGAGGGGUACAGUAUUUUCAAACAGAAAUAACAUGCUAUUUUUCCAGAAAUAUUAUGUUGCAUACUAGGAAUUGAGUGUAUUUGCUUAUUAAGUUAUAUCAUAUAUUUUCAGGCACACAGUCCUGUUUCUGUUCUUAUAACUCAGAUGUGUCAUGUACAGUGUUCAUAAAAUUUAUACUAAUUCAAGAACUAAUAGCAUCUUUUGUAAUAUGUAAAAUCUUUUAUUUCUUGUUUAAAAUGUAACAGUUAAUCCUUUGAUGUACAAAAUUUUUAAUAAAGAAAGAUAUCUCUUA